ACCAGAGACGAUGUUUAUGGUCGAUCGUAAUCAGGCGUGGUAAUUACAUGCAUGUGAUUCUGGUGGCGUCUUGAGUACUCCUCCCACCAUGUCCACACUACCAGACGUCUUCACUGACCCAGAGGAUUCUCAGCUUGUUGCCGACGCUAAGAAAGACAAGCCCGAAGACCACGAGUUCAGCUACACCGAGCGCGACGUUAUUCUCUACAACCUUGGCAUCGGCGCGACAGCUAAAGACCUUCAAUGGACCUACGAAAGCCACGAGGAGUUUGCAGCACUCCCAACAUUUGGAGUGAUUCCGCAAUUCGCAGCUAGUUCUGGUAUUUCACUAGGCUGGCUGCCGAACUUCAAUCCUGCUAAGCUUCUACAUGGCGAACAGUAUUUGGCUAUCAGGAGCCCUAUACCCACAGAGGGAAACUUUGUAAAUGAAACCAGGCUCUUGGAAGUCCUGGACAAGGGCAAGGCCGCUUCGGUCACCACCAUAGUGUACACAAAGGAUAUAGCCACAGGCAAUGUCAUCUUCGAAAACCAAAUAACGGUCUUCAUUCGAGGAGCCGGCGGCUUCGGUGGAAAGCGUUCUGGCAGAGAUAGAGGCGCUGCAACAGCCGUAAACAUACCCCCGAAGCGUCAACCUGAUGCUGUGAUCGAAGAGAAGACGAGUGCCUCGCAAGCUGCACUAUACAGACUAAGUGGCGACUAUAAUCCUUUACAUAUCGAUCCUAGCUUCGCGGCAAUUGGCGGGUUCGAUCAGCCCAUUCUUCAUGGUCUAUGCUUCAUGGGGAUCGCAGGAAAGCAUGUUCUGCAAUCUUUUGGCGCUUACAAGGAUAUCAAAGUUCGUUUCUCCGGUGUAGUGUUCCCUGGUGAGACGCUCGUAACAGAGAUGUGGAAGACAGGUAGCAAAGUGAUCUUUUCCACUAAGACGAAGGAGCGGGGAACCACAGUGCUGGCCGCAGCAGCAGUGACGCUCAUUGAUACCGAUAUGAUGGCGAAACUCUAAUACUAAUGUGGUACGUAACGACGAGUAUGGUGAUCGACGACACUUGAGAAAGAAUAAAUUGAUAUCGCAUGUACAUACAUAUAUACUAGCCAAAAGCUAUGAAGUCCACGAUAAUAUACAUGCACCGGCAAAGUAGAUGUAGUAUGCUCGACCGAACUCCUGUUUAGACUAGACUGGAACAAGUCCUUGCAGCAGGGCACCACAAAUUACAUACCUAGCACGGUGGCGAAUGACAUAUGGAAACAGUGGCAUAAUGUCCGUAUCAAUCAAAUAGUCAGGAAAUAAAUAUCAAAAUCGUGUACGGGAAUAAAGAGGGAUCCAUUAACGCUUGUUGGUUUC